AGCUCUCUCCCUCUCCAAGAGAGAAGUUGUCAGAUGCGAAAAUAUCCGACAUGUAUUUUCUUUCCCCCAACACCUAUCCCGCUCCUAGCUCUCUCUCUCUCUUUCUCUCGCACUCUAUCUCUGUUAGAUUCUCUUCUUACCAGAUACCCCCGUGUGCUUCCCACCAUCUUCAUUAAUGACCUUCUGAAAUAACCCUUUCACAGUUCACAUCCACCUUCGUUAAUUCCCUAUAUAUACACACACACAAUUACAUAUACAUAUAAACAAAUAUAUACUUGCCUACAGACCAAACCCCAUCCAUGGAUUUCCUCUUCUCAUUUCUACUAUCUCUUUGUCUCGUUUCAGCCUCUACCAUCUUCUUUCUUUUCCGGAACUCUCGUUGCCGGAGACUCAGACUCCCCCCGGGAAACCUUGGCCUUCCCUUUAUAGGCGAGACAUGGCAGCUCAUCUCGGCCUACAAGACCGAGAACCCAGAGCCGUUUAUCGACGAGCGGGUCAACCGGUUCGGUCCCAUCUUCACGACGCAUGUGUUCGGCGAACCCACCGUGUUUUCUUCAGACCCGGAGACCAACCGGUUUAUUCUGCAAAACGAAGGAAAGCUGUUCGAGUGUAGCUACCCGAGCUCCAUAUCCAACUUGUUGGGAAAACACUCAUUGCUGUUGAUGAAGGGAAAUCUCCAUAAGAAAAUGCACUCUCUCACUAUGAGUUUCGCAAACUCGUCGAUUAUCCGCGAUCAUCUUUUGCUCGAUAUAGAUCGGUUGAUCCGGCUCAAUAUGGACUCCUGGACCGGGCGGGUUCUUCUGAUGGAAGAGGCCAAGAAGAUUACCUUUGAGCUAGCAGUGAAGCAGCUAAUGAGCUUCGAUCCCGGCGAAUGGACGGAAAGUUUGAGGAAGGAGUACGUCCUACUCAUCGAAGGCUUCUUCAGCGUCCCCUUACCUCUCUUCUCCACCACUUACCGGCGUGCCAUUAAAGCGAGGACGAAGGUGGCGGAGGCAUUGGGGUUGAUAGUGAGGCAGAGGAGGAGGGAAAGCGAGGAAGGGAAGAGGAAGGAGGACAUGUUAGGUGCUCUGUUAGCUGGUGACAAUGUAAAUGGAUUCUCCGACGAGGAGAUUGUGGAUUUCCUGCUAGCUUUGCUGGUUGCCGGAUAUGAAACGACGUCGACAAUCAUGACUCUUGCCGUCAAGUUCUUAACAGAGACACCUCUGGCUCAUGCGCAACUCAAGGAAGAGCACGACCAGAUUCAGAUGAAGAAGAAGGCAUCAGAGACUCUCGAAUGGAGUGAUUACAAGUCCAUGCCAUUUACCCAAUGUAUUGUGAACGAGACACUGCGAGUUGCAAACAUUAUUAGUGGAGUGUUUAGGAGGGCAAUGACAGACGUUCAAAUUAAAGGCUAUACGAUACCAAAAGGGUGGAAGGUAUUUGCUUCAUUUCGCGCUGUGCAUUUAGACCAUGAUCAUUUCAAGGCGGCUCGCACUUUUAAUCCAUGGAGAUGGCAGCAGAACAAUGGUGGUGCUCCCCCAAGCCCGAUUAGUGUGUUCACACCAUUUGGAGGAGGGCCGAGACUGUGCCCUGGUUACGAGCUAGCUAGAGUAGAACUUUCAGUUUUUCUUCACCACCUAGUCACCCGUUUUAGUUGGGUUCCUGCUGAGGAUGAUAAGUUGGUGUUCUUUCCAACCACAAGAACACAGAAGAAGUACCCUAUCAAUGUGUAUCCCCGGAAUGUCGAUGCUGAGAACAUGUAAAGUCUAAAACGCCGAGAGUGAGAGCAAACAGACGGUGAGUCGGUGACACAAGAGGAGAGCAUGUUGAUCGAGCAGGCAGGGAAUCUAGGGCGGAGCUGUAAUAAAUUUGAUCAAAUUGUAGAUCAAAUCCAAUCAGUAAAUGUAAAUCAAAUUAGUCUGUUUAGACUUUAGAGCAUCAAUAGCAAGUCUAUGUUGGCAUCUUUUUGGUUCAUUCGCGAAGAGGCUACUGAAAACUUUGUUGUUCUUCAGCCAGUCCUCCUAUGAUUCAAAGUUGAGGGUUGCUGCACAGGCUAUAACAGUAUCGUGAGUCACUUGAUUCU